AGGAUGCCCAAAUAUGAAAAAGACUUGCCUUUUUCUAUUCCAAAUUCUCUUCCCCCAUCUGUUCUUCUCCACAGUCCACACUGUUCACCUCUUCUGCCCCCUCCCUUCGAUCCCCAAAUCCAGAAUUGACCAACCCAAAUCAGCGCCCCGCAUGGAGUGGACGGCCCCGAAGCCUGCCGCCUCCCCCUCCUCGCCGCCCCUCCUCUGGGACUGGGGCGGCGCUGCUGACGCCGCGGCCUCAGGCUCCUCCGGCGAGGCGCCAGCGAGGCGCGGCGGGAAGGAGCGGGAUGGGAAGCGUGCCAAGGGCGAGGAGGGUGGAGGAGGGGAGGUGAGGUGCCAGGUCGAAGGGUGCGGGGUGGAGCUCGGCGCCGCCAAGGAGUACCACCGGAAGCACCGCGUCUGCGAGGCCCACACCAAAUGCCCCCGCGUCGUCGUCGCCGGCCAGGAGCGCCGCUUCUGCCAGCAGUGCAGCCGGUUCCAUGCACUGUCCGAGUUUGAUCAGAAGAAGAGGAGCUGCCGGAGACGUCUGUCUGAUCACAAUGCCCGCCGGCGGAAGCCUCAGCCAGAUGCGUUCGCCUUUGCCUCUGCAAGGCUGCCUUCAUCAUUAUUUGAUGAUAGGCGGCAAAUAAGUUUUGUCUGGAAUAAAGCUUCUCUUAGCCAUGUAAGACCUUUCACAUCAUCUCCAUGGGACAGCUCAUCUGACUUCAAGCUCCCACAUGCGAAGGAAAUAAGAGAGCUAUCAACAAAAGUUGGGACAAUCACUGGACAAGUUCAUUUGGAUAACUCUCAUUUGUCCAAUGCCAUUCCAACACUUUGCCAUGACAAAGAUGAGCUGUUUCCAAUGAAAGGUCCGGACACAUCUAUUACUGCUUCAAAAUUUGAUGGAGCACAGGAUCUUCAGCGUGCUCUCUCUCUUCUGUCAUCUGGCUCUUGUGGAUUGCCUGAUCCUGUACAGCAAGCAUCUCGUCUUAUCCAGUUCACUGGUGCCAGUGAGAACAGCGGUGACUUUCAUUCAUCACAUGGAGGGAACUCUGCUCCAGCCUCAUGCGCUGAUGAACAGCAUAUAGCACCUCAGUCUCAGCUAGUUCGUUUUACCAUGGAUGCCAAUAGCUAUGGCUAUGAGUCCACUUUCUUCGGUGUGAACCAGAUAAAUUAAGGCAUGAAAGGCACACACCUCUUUAUCAUUUGGAUAAAUAGCCACGAUGAUGGCCUUGGGCUUAUGCAAGAACCACUUAUAUCAACUACCAGAGUGCAAAUCUCUCUGUUAAUGUUAUCUACAUAUUUAUUCGCCAUCCCUGAACUAAGUUGAACUUAGCGUAGGCCAGCGUGUGUUGACUAUGCAGUUCCAGCCUGUGAUUGAUCCAUUUUUUCUGUUCUUUUUUUCCCUUUGAUGUGCCUACUAUGAAACUUUGAAGUGUGAUAUUGUUAUUUUACACUUGUACGACCUACUGGAUCUCUUUGAAACUGUCCUUGAUGAAUCUGGACAUGUAUUUUUUGUGUGUA